CGUCCCAUGUCAGACAGGGAGGAGGAGGCCCCUGAAGUGAGGGAGCCAGCGUGCCUGCUGUGUGGACGAUCAGACGCUGACCCGGACAUCUGUGGAGAAAAAGUUCAUAGGAAUGGACUCUGUGCCCACGAGUUCUGCCUGUUUUUUGCCAGCUACCUUCCUCACUACCCAGUUGAUCGAGUAGGACACAGGGUUUUUCUCCCAAGGGAUAUCCUCGAUGUAGUCUCUCGGGCAGCACAGAAGAGCUGCUGCGUCUGUGGCCAGAGCGGGGCCACCAUCGCCUGCUGUGAAACUGACUGUGACCUGAACUUCCACCUGCCCUGUGCCAAGCAGGGAGGAUGUGUCACCCAGUUCAUCAGACCAUACAGGUCCUUCUGCCCCACACACAGCCCAGAGCAGGAAGUGGAGGCGACUCCGGAGCCGGGCACCAAUUGCCUCAUCUGCCUGGAGGCCGUGGAGGACAGAAAGACCUUCAAAACCAUGGUGUGCCCAGCGUGCAAAACCGCCUGGUUCCACAGGGAUUGUAUUCAAGGACAGGCUCUGCAUGCUGGUUUUUUAUCGCUCCAGUGCCCCCUCUGCAGGAACAAUCAGGCAUUUAUCAAGGACAUGUUCACCAUGGAGAUCCGAAUCCCCUUCAGACCACCAUCAUGGAUGGGCUUUAAUGCAUUUGCCGAUCUAGGAGAGAGGCACAGGCAUUGUGAUGCCAGCGAGUGCCUUUUUCCAGGAGGUAGAGAGGAGGCCGAGGAGGAGGGGCCCUGGGAACUGCUCCUGUGCUCCUCCUGUGCUGCCGAGGGCACUCACAGACACUGCUCUGGCUUGAGAAACAGCAUAACCCGAUGGGAAUGUGAUGGCUGUGCUGGUUUGGGCACAGCCUCCAGAGAUGACUCGGAGCUUGCUGGCCCCAGCACGGCCAGGCAGUCAGGAUUGGAGCCUUCAGAGGUCUCCAGAGAACCCGAGACCAUCAGCCCCAACACAGGCAGCCUGGAGUUGUCAGGGCUCUCUCCCAGUUCUCCAACACUGGACACCAUCAGUCCCAGCACCAGCAACCAGGUGCCAUCCCUUCGGUCUUCAGCAUCAGAGACCAGCAACCUCCACACCAACCCACAGUCAACAUCGGAGCAAUCUCUGGAAUCUCCCUCACAGGAGAUGAGCAGCUCUAGCCCUGACAGUCAGGUAACGUCGGGGUCGUCCCACAGCAGCUUCCCCGACACUGAGGACAGCAGCUGCUCCAGCGGUCGGAGGCCUGACCGCCGGCGAAACCACUCCCGCCGGCAACGUCGGGCGCGCAGUCCACAGCUUCGGUCCCGAAGUCCCCACAACAGGACCCAUGUGCCAGAACCAAGUCCCGGGAGGCGUCGGCCCAGGCUGACACAAUCAGGGGAAUCCCGCAGGCGAAACCGCUCCCGCCUGCAAAGUCAGACCCCAAAUCCUUCUGGCCAGUCCAGAAGUCUCCGUGACCGGAGCCAUAAGUCGCCGUGA